CGCAGUGAGCGGCCUGGGAGGCUCCGGAUCUGGGCUCUGCUGGAGACUCGUGGGCGCAGGCGGCAGCGCGAGGCUCAGGGCUUCGCUCCACGGGGAGCGCGUGAACAUCACAGGAGUGGGUCUGGAAGGGAUCCCCGGUUACCGAGUCCAGCUUCCUCGUUUUACUGGGAACUGAGGACCCCAGAAGUGUCCUGUCGGCAUCUGCCCGACUUCCUGGGGGCAGAGCGAGCGCUCAUGAGACUAAGCAGUGCCCCCAGCCUCUUUGGGGACCUAGACACCGUGUGUUGACUAAGGAAAAGAGAAAAGACAGAAGAGUCCACUUCUUUUUCAGUUUGUGGUGGUGACAAAAAACUAUACUGCACAGACAAGAGGUGACUUCAUCUGGCAUCUAUUUUAAAAAAGGAAAAAAUCUCCCCCAAAAAUCUAAGACGCAUUUGACGGUUGAACACCCUAGCACUUUUUAGGGCCCUGCCAAACACCAGCGCUAGCCUUGAGACUCAUCAGUAACAGUCAUCUGCAGGAUUCACGCGGCCCGUUCCAGCUGCCCAGCCAGGAUAAAGCUAAGACCUUUCUAAGUUAGAGGGAAGAAAAUAUGCAAAACCACUAACAGGGGAAGAUCAUAGCUUACUUGGGAAACUAGUAGCAGCAGGUCUUUCUGCACUGUCCUGCAAAAUGAACCAGUUAAUUAAGAGCCUGAGAAGAAGCCCUCAACACAGAAAACAGCCACAUCCUGCCUAACCGACAUAUCCUUCCGGUAAACUCCUGAACAACUCCUACAGCACUUCCUUAAUCAGCAUUUAAUAUAAAUCCUUCUCCUAAGAUUCAUAUCAAUGAUAUAGUUCUCUAGAAAAAAAUCAGAAAAGCAAAGAGCUCCUUUUUUUUCCAAAUCCAUUAAUAGUGGGAAGAAAAGAAGACAAAUAUGUUACAAGCUCUACCCGGACUCCAGUUUCAACAGAAAGAACAAUUAGGAGAAAAGGAGAAGAGACUUCAUCUCAGCCAGGAAGCCAGGGCCCAGCAUACACAGUUCCACAUGCAAUUUUCAUACAAACCAAUGUUUCAGAGACUUUUCCCAGUAAGACCAGAAAUUUCUUCAAGUCAAUUACCAUCCUUUUCUAAGGUCUCAGCACAUCUGGAAAGUCCUACGAAGUCCCAGCUACAGAAAGUCCAAAGACAACAAGUAAAACCCUUCAUGACCCUUGACUACCAGAUUGUCAACCAGACUCUUAAACGGUCACACCCUCCAACACCAAAUAGUGCGCUUCUGGUACAGCAUGGACACCAGUCUCCUGAGAGUGACACUGGCCUUACUGGAAAUCCACUCACCAAGUUACUAAGUGUUGGGAAAGAAGAUGACAAUGUGGAAUGGCAUAUGGAAGACGUUAUUGAGGAUAUAAUCGGUAUGGAAUCAAGUUUUAAAGAGGAAGGAACAGACUCUCCUCUGCUAUUGCAAAGAACAUUGUCUGGAAGCAUUUUGGAUGUAUACAGUGGUGAGCAGGGAAUUUCACCAGUUAAUAUGGGCCUAACAAGUGCUUCCUGUCCAAGUAGUCUGCCAAUGAAAAGAGAAAUUACAGAAACAGACACUCGAGCUUUGGCAAAAGAGAGACAAAAAAAGGACAACCACAACCUCAUCGAAAGAAGAAGAAGGUAUAAUAUUAAUUACCGAAUCAAGGAGCUUGGCACUCUUAUUCCAAAGUCUAAUGAUCCUGAUAUGCGCUGGAACAAAGGAACCAUUCUGAAAGCAUCAGUGGAGUACAUCAAGUGGCUACAGAAAGAACAACAGAGAGCUCGAGAAUUAGAACACAGACAGAAGAAAUUAGAGCAGGCUAACAGGCGGCUCCUACUCCGGAUUCAGGAACUAGAGAUACAGGCUCGCGCUCACGGUCUGCCAGCCCUGGCUUCACUUGGCACAGUUGAUUUGGGCGCUCAUGUCACCAAACAACAGACCCACCUUGAGCAGAAUUCAGUAGACUAUUGCCAACAACUGACUUUGUCUCAGGGGACCAGCCCCGAGCUCUGUGAUCAAGCCAUGGCCUUCUCUGAUCCUUUGUCACACUUCACAGAUUUAUCAUUUAGUGCCGCUUUGAAAGAGGAACACAGAUUGAAUGACAUGCUCCUGGAUGACACAGUAUCUCCAUUUGGAACAGAUCCUCUGCUAUCUGCUACUUCCCCUGCAGUUUCCAAAGAAAGCAGUAGGAGAAGUAGUUUUAGCUCAGAUGAUGGUGAUGAGUUAUAAAAAAAGAAAAGAAAAGAAAAUGAAAAAGAAAAAGAAAAAAACAAACAGGCUCGAUUCAUCAACUGGGAAGCAAGUCUACACAGGUGCUAUGCAAUUACGUUCUGUUCCACAUAUUGCUUUGGCUUACUCUUUCCAAAAGGAAUCUACUGCCCGCGGAAAACUGUUUCAAAACGACAGAAGAAUUCACAGGAAGAAGAUGGUGUUGAAGAAUUAUUGAGAACUAAAAUGGAUUUUUUCCUCUUUGACUAAGACGUCCAAACCUACUUAAAUUGUGUUUUCCUGGAAAGAGGUACAACAUAAGAAAUAGCUCUCUAUGAAUGCUUUAAAAGUAGCAAUGUGGUGGUGCACCAUGGAACCUAACAGACCGCAAGGAGCAAACCUACUGAAGUAUACAACCCCCCCCCUUUAUUUUUUUUUUAUUUUUAUUUUUUACUUAUUCACUUCCAACUCAUUUCUGUUCAAGCCUUAUGGUAGUUUUCAAGCAUCAAGACCAACAGAUCUGAUAGCCCAUUGACUUUCUCCACUGUCUGGUAGACAUAUUUAAAGUUCAAAGUCUAUAGGAGAGAUAGUUAAAUGAUAUAUUAUCUUUCAGUUCUAAUUGAAAAGAGAAUCUACAGUAAACAUUAGAAUUUUCCACAACACAAUACCAAAAAUUUAUAAAAACUUUGCUUUCUGAAAUCAGACCCUAACCCUUUUUGUCAAUUCAAUUACACUAAUUUCAAGAGUGUCUUUGCAUAUUUAUGGAGACAUGCUGUGUUCAGAAAAGGAACACACCAAGUACUUUCCUCAAGAAUACGAGCUAAAAUUUUACUCCUUUACACAAACAUACACUUAUACACAGGCACACAGUGUAGAUAGUAUAUGUCUUUUUUAUUUUCCUUCACUUUCAGAUUUUUCUAGUAAACAUCAGAAAUCGUAUUCCAAAUCUUCUUUUCUUCAUCAAAAAGAGAUAUUGGAUAAUCCAUUUCAACAAAUAAAAUACAAAGAGAAUCCUACCAGGACAAUUUCUCAGCUAUCUAAAAUUUAUCUCUGUCUCUAAAAAUGGAUGUAAAUUAAUUAGGUGAUACAGUUUUGCUCCAAAUUUGACAAAAUAUGGAAACUUUGUUUGCCAACUGACAAAAUCAUUAGCAAAACAGAAACUUUUUCCUAUUAUAUUGAGCUCCAUUCCCCUAAGUACUUAGAGUACCCUAUGACCUUUGCUAGCUUUGUUAGCAUUUAUUAAAAAUAUUUAUAACUGUAAUGCUUUACUCAAAAUUUUCUCUCUUGAGUUUAGGAUUGGGAAUUGACUCACCAAGCAUGUUGCUCUGUGCUAAACCCCCAUGAGUGAUCAUCUGAUCACUGAGUAUUUAUGGAGGGAUACUCAAACUGCAAUGGAUCCUGUGAAAAUGUAGAACAAAAAAAAAAAAAAAAAAAAGAAAAUGUAGAACAGAUGAGCAAGAUAUGGUUUUACUCCUCAGGGAUAACAAGACUACAUGAGAAAAAACAACAAAAGAUAGAAGAUGCAUAGAAUUAAACUCUAUAUGGCUAAAUACAGAAGGUCAGAGAAAAUGAAAACGAAUGAAGAAAGCUGGAGAAUCACAAAAGUCUAUGGAAAAAUAGAAUGCAACCUCUUUUAAAAGCAUAACUUUAGGGAAAAGGAGGGCAUAUUAGGGAACAAUAUUGAUCAAAUGAUAAGAAUGAGAAUAGAUUGAUAAAGUGUCUUCAUGGAACAUUCACUAAAGAUGCCAGCUUGGAAGUCCUGGAAAAUAAUAUUGGCAACAGGUUGUGCUUGAAUAUUAGGAUGAAAUUAUAUGGCAUAAAUUGGAUUUUUUUACUAGGAGGGAGAAACCUAAAAAUUAAAAUGCUACUGCACAUUACUGAAGUAAUUCAGAGGUAAUCUUUCUUGAAUAUUAACUUUGGGAUAAAUUUUUGAAAGGGUGCUUUAGGUAUUACUCAUAGGGAAAAAUGUCAUCACAAAAUUUGAGACAUAAUGCUAAUGAAAGUGGGAAAAUAUUAAAUUCUUACGGUCUAGUAAUUAUCUCAGGCUUAGCUUACAGCAUUAGCUUAGAGUUGGGAGAAUUAAAAUAAUUUUUAUUGUUUGACAUGGAAAAAAAUAAUUCCAAAUUUAUAGGAAUAUUCAUUAAAGCCAGAUAGAUAGAUUCAUCUGAAGUAUGCCAUAUGAAAAAGAGCAAUAAGAUACACUUCAAGAAUUUUCAAUAGAACAUUAUAUACUUUUAACUUUGUGAUAAAAUUCCACUUUAUUAUCUGGGUUGAUAGUUUAAUAUAACAAUACAAAUCAUAGAGAAGGAAUAAAUUUUUGAGUCCAUGCAAAACACAUUCUAGAUAGGGGCUAAUUUCUGUUUUCAUUUUAUCAUUAUUCUCAUUUCUUCAGAUUUUGAGAAGACUUACACUGAUGAUGUCAUUACUCUGUCAUUCUUUUUCCAUUCUGUUAAAAUACUACUACUCAGCCCUGAAGCUCAUUCCUCAUAAUCUUAGCUAAUUUAAGGGCUUGACGCAGGUGAUAGAGUCUGGACAAAAGAGAUCUGGGAAGGAUACUACUAAUAUUUGCUGCUACUUUCGGAUUAUAAUGGCUAUCAGGGGACUGUAAAAUGGGCAAUGGAUUUUUAAGGACAGAUUAGAGUGGUGCUGUGUCACAGUCAACUGAAACAGAUUAAAAACUUAAUUUUAGUCAGUAGUUCUUAACUUUUUAAGGCAUUGAGAACCUAGUAAAAGUUUUAGACUCGCCAGAAAAAUACAGACUUGUAUAAAUGGUCCAAAAUUUGCAUGAACCAAGAAGUUUUAGGGACCUCCUCAAUGUCUUGUUAGAUGCCAGGUGAAGAAUCCCUGAAUCAGGUCUGUUACUUUAAUGGAAAACACUGUAGCUAUGUAUCUAUCAAGAGCUAAGUGGAUAGUUAAUGUCAUAUAUAGUGGUGGAGGAAGGAGCCCUAUUUAUCUGUAUAUCACUUUCUCAACCCUAAAAGUGAUGAGGUUGCCUAGGAAAGUGAAAGUGUACCAAACACUAGACUAUUCACAAAAGAAAUUGUUUACUUAUAAAGUAGUCCCCCUUCAAACAUCCUCUGUUGUUUAAAUACCUCCUGUACAUGUUAUGUCCUCCUGUUAUAUGUUCAUGGGUCAGUUUCUCUAUGAUUAUUGGAUAUUGUAAAUAUCUGGCAAUAACAGUUUAAAAUAAUGCAUAUAAAUAUCAAGGUAAAGAUACGUAAAUUCAAAAGCAAGUUAUUUGGGUCUCUAAGAACCAAAAGAGAUCCUGGAAAAACUGAUGGAUGUCUAGAAUAUUUUUGUAGAAUUGAGACUUGUAACAGCCAAAGGGGUCUAUUAUUUAUUAAACAAUUUUGUCACAAAAAGCAUCAGCCGUCACUGGGCAAUUAAUACACACUUAACCAAGCUUUGUUCAUUCAACGGAUUAAUGCAAAAUUUCAAUUAUAAUAAACUUUGUUUAAAAUAAGAUAAAAGUUUUAUUUAAAUUACUCUUAGUUAUCUUUUCAAGAUAAUGUCCCAUCCAAUCUUUUAUCUCUAUUUAUUAUAAAAUAUUGACUGUCUUUUCAUAGAUGCACAUCUAGCAGUCUUUCCAAUUCCAAACUAUCUUGAAAUGACAAGUACCUCCACUGAGUACCUCUUCAUAAUUUUUUUUCUUUUUAAUGUCCUUUCCCAUAACUGGAAAAUUUAUGUAUGGAACAAAUUUCCUCAGUUUACAGACAGGGUAUCAGUGGCUAUAGCCUUCUUUAUAUGGGUAAAAAGCUCUAAAUAAUAAAUAUCCAGAUGAGCUGGGGACAUUGAGAAAUAGCCUUCCUCCUUUUUUUUUAACUCAUUUUUUUCCACUCACAUGACUGUAAAUAAAAUAUUUAAUAGCUCUUACUUUAAAAAAAAUUAGGUACGAGUUUCUUGAUUUGGCAUGCUCAUUUACCUUUAUGUCAGGGGAGAAGUUAGAUUUCCCAACGUUAAAAAGAAUGUAUUUUUUCUUUGUUUUGAUAGAUCGAGUCAUAUUGGAAUUUUCUUAUACUUCAAGGUAUCAUGAAAAUGCUUUUUUGCUGUUCUGAUACUGUGGAAUUUUGAUGUUUAAAUAAAUAAAUGUCAUAACUAUAAGUGUUUCAAUGUUUUUACAAUAUCUCGAGGCUGAUAUUUACUGCUCUCAUAAUAUCUAAGAUGUAGAUGAAUACUGGAAUCAAUUAAUCAUUUUGCUGUGUUAUCAGCACUGGAUCAACCAUCUGGGUUUCUUGAAAACACCUGAAGGAUUGAAUUUUACUUCAGUAUUGAUAAUGGCACGGCCUAUUUACGCUACAUGGAAUGACAUCAUUUGCCCUUCCAAUGCCCUGCGUGUUGAUAAGUAUAAGAUGUCAACUUGAGUUAGCGUAAGUUACAUAUACAGAGGUUUUAUUAAAUGUACUUAACAAAUACUAAACACAUUUAGAGUGUUGCUGAUCUGAUGUGUCAAAUAACCUCCUGUAAUCAUUAUUCAUUGUGUACACCAACAUCUUAUCAUUUGUAAGAUAUUUAAUUUGUAAAUAAGGAACCUAUUCAAAAACUGAUAAAAAUAGCUUUCUUAUGAUUUUUCUGUGUUACUUUUCUUUCUGUGACAUUCAUAGAGGAUUUGGGUGUAUAGGAGAUUAUUGAAAAAUAGUUCUUUCGAUUAAAAAAAAACAAUCUCUCACUGGAUUCAACUAAUUUAAUGAUGAAAUACUACUCUCUGCUGCUGUGUACAUUAAAAGGAAUGUUUCGUCUUUUUCCUGUGAAGGAAUGUAUGUAUUUUCUCUACAUAUCCGAAUUAUUUCUCUUAACCCUCAGUAAAAUCUUUUUCCUACAUUUA